UAUGUCAGCAAAACAACACCGAGGGGGAGUGAACUUAUGGACAGCAGUCAUAUUUUGAAGAAACAUUAUAAUAAUUCCAUCUAAUUGUGUGCAGUUUCACUCCGGCCGAAAGCUGUCUGGUUUCCUACCAGCUGUUCGGUAGAUGUCCACCCCCUCAGACACAUCAGGUGGAAUGUCCCAUCCUGGCCCUUCCCCUGGGGCAGGUCUGUCCCCGGGGCCCAUCUUGGGUCCCAGCCCAGGACCAGAUCCCUCACCAAGCUCUGUUCACAGUAUGAUGGGACCCAGUCCUGGACCCGGGACGCCCAACGCACCUCAUGGCAUGCAGGGACAGGGACAAAGUGAUUACUCUCAGGACAGCAUGUAUCCUAUGCACAAGCCCAUGGAGGGCAUGAAUGACAAGUCAAUGGCUGAGGCGAUGCACUUUGGUCACAUGAAAGGUGUGGGGAUGAGAUCUCUUCACAGUGGCAUGGGGCCUCCACAGAGUCCUAUGGACCAGCACAGCCAAGGAUACAUGUCGCCCCACCCGUCCCCCAUGGGAGUCCAUGAGCAUGCAUCUAGUCCCAUGUCAGGAGGUGGAGGUGGACCUACACCUCCCCACAUGCCUCCCACCCAGUCAGGCCCCAUGAUGCCCAUGGAUCCCCAAGGAGGUAUGACCAGCAUGUCCAGCAUGGCCCAGCAGGGGCGAGGACCAUCUGCUUUCAGUCAGGUCCAGCUGCAGCAGCUCAGAGCUCAGAUUCUGGCCUACAAGAUCCUGGGUCGUGGGCAGCCGCUGCCUGAAAACCUCCAGCUGGCUGUUCAGGGCAAAAGGAGCCUCCCAACAAUGCAACAGCAGCAGCCACAACCACCACCACAGCAGCAGCAGCAGGCUCCUAGUUCCAGCCCUUACAACAGGCCUCCAGGUAUGCCAAUGGCACCUAUGGGUGGUCCCCAGUCAAGUCCAUGCCCAACCCCAGCAAUGCAAGGACACAAUCAAAGCACAGGACCCAAGCCUUGGUCUGACG